AUGCCCUGUCUCUUCUGGCAAUCGCGCUUCCUUUUCCUUGCAGCAUCCGCGCUCAGCGUUGUCUCACUCUCCAAAUUCGUAGACGACGCCGAUUCCAGCAUUUCGUACUCUCCCUCGACUGCAUGGACGCAAGGAGCGACGUGCGGCGUUGACUGUGCCAUUCAACCCGACGCGUCCUUGACGCACGAUGGAACUUGGCACUAUGCGACGUACGAUCCGACAGAAGACAUCGUUGCCCCUUCGAUCGCAUUCAGCUUCACGGCCACCGGCAUUGUCGUUCGCAACAUCCUUCCCCCAUCAGUCCCGACAGCACUCACUAGCCGUGUCGAGCUCGCCUUCGAACUCGACGGCGUCGCUCAACAGUCGUUCUCAUACAGACCCUCGCGCAACGUCUCCUUCAUAUAUGACGCAGUCGUGAUGAGCGCUACAAACCUCUCCCUGGCAGAGCACACACUCAUUAUCCAGAUACCACCCAGUCAGGCGGCUGUUGUGCUCUUUGACUAUUUUGAGCUCACCGUCCCCGACCAGGGAGAGAUGGAGAUUCCGCAACCGCCGUCCUCUUCCCAGCCAGCCAGUUCGACUUCCCUCGCCGCUCCAACUCUCACCGCCGUCGUGACGGUUACCUCCACGCAACUCAGUCCUGACAAGAUGAUCGCUACUUCCUCUUCCACAUCUCCGCCGACAUCCUCGUCCACGGCCUCAGCGUCUCAAACAUCCGGGAUAUUAUCUCAUACACAGCCCUCCGCCCUCGCAGUGUCUUCUUCCGACCUCCAGCUUUCGCAGGACACAUCGAGCACGGUAACGGCGAGUGCGGCAGUACCCGAAACCCUGGGUAUUGCUGCAGCGUCAUCGACAGCAAGCCCGUCACAAUCCCAGACCGCGGCGCCUAUGGCCAGAAGCACAACCAGGAGCGCCACGAUCGGGGGUGCGGUUGGAGGUGGUGCCCUCCUCAUUAUCCUCUGCGUCGCGUUCUGCGUUUUCCGCACUCGUUGUGCCAAUCGCCGUCGCGGUAUUGCUGGGGAUGAAGCGCUACAGAGGGACUGUGCUGCGGUGGCUGACGGCGGUGUUGAAUCAAGCGAAGAAACUCGCGAACAACACCAUGGCCCAGCCUUCAUCUAUCGCUCCCCUGACCAUGAAUUCUCCGACGACCCUUUCGUUCACGGCAACGAGCACCUCGGCCUUCUCGCCUCAGGGACCGUGUCUUCGGGAGACAUUACAUCGACCGGUGGCGGAGCGACCAAUACUUCGGACCUGUUUGGGGAGGCAAUGGUCGCCCGACAUCCUCUUCCCAUCUCGCUCUACGGGACAUCAUUGCAGCCCCAAACGUCGCUCGAAGGCUGGGACAAGGACGACAAGAGCCGCACUGCGGCGGUCAAUCCCCUCUCUCACUCCCCGGCACUCGAGGAUACUCAGUUUCCGAGUCUUCCGCAGGCGGAGAACACGCAACACCUAGGCACGCGAUGGAGCCCACGACCACUCGAAGAGAACUUUGCGGAACAGCUGGCGACGCUUCGGGAAGAGGUAGCACAGAUGCGGCGGCACCGGGAAGCGGCCUCGCCCCUGGAGGCACCCCCGCGAUAUGGCGAACUGUGA